UAGAGUUCGCAGCCGCCCGGCUCGAUUACAAUUUCCUGCUGAUCUGUCCGCCUUGUUUUCGCUGAUGCUUAGGAAUUAAUUGUUUUCUCGUCGUUAACUUUCAUCUUCAUUCUUAUCGUUUGAUAAGUGAUAUUCCACUAAUAUGGAGCUGUCCCCUGUCACCAUUCCUUCAGAAAAGUUGAAAAUUUGGAAAAUAUUUCGCGACGUGGGAUUCGAAGGAGAAGAAAUUUUAAAGGUGGCGAAAUUGGCACAUGUCGCUAACGAAAAGGAAGCCUUCGUUGUCACCUCGUCGGACGAAACGUACACCUUCCUCCGUGAAGACGAUGGUGGGUGCAAAAUCACAAAAAUUCCAGAACUUUGUCACGUCCAGGUGGAAGAAUUUGUGACUGGACCGAUAAGCCUCGCGAUAACGGAGGACGGACGACUCUUCUCGUGGUGGAAUAAUUUCACCCACACGACCCUGCGAGAAAACGAUCUCAGUAUUUACGUCCAGCUGGGUCGCCCCUCCGUAAAUCCGACAAGUUCGAUUGGUCGCCCGGAAGUGGUGAUGCAUACGAAGGAGGAAAAAGUAGUGCAAGUGGCCCUAGCAGAAGGUCGAGUCGUGGCGUUAACCGCAGGGGGAGAUAUUUACCAGUGGGGGGCGUGUACGGACAACUGGGACUCACCCAAUUUGAUCCCAAAAAACGCAAAAUUUGAUAACAAGGAGCUUAUCUCCGUCGUGUGCGGGUUUGACGGGAUGACCUUCGCGUUAAGUGAGGAUGGAGAGAUAUUUCAGUGGAAGUAUGAUACAGAUGCGGUAUCAGUAUCUGGCAUGCGCGGCACACCGGUUAAAAAGAUAGCCGCGACAAAGACGCACAUUUACGCAUUAACUGAGGAAGAAACGAUGCACGUUUGCGACACGGUAUCUGAAGGGAAUCCAGUAUGGCCGUCGUACCCAAAGUUGACAAACAUCCAGGACAUCGCAGCCUUUUGGGAGGACGUUUUGGUUAUCGAGUUUAAGAAUGGAACCCGUCUCGCCGGGGAGUCGGAUAUGUUGCUGAUGACAUCUUUAAAAUGUCGUUCCUUGGACGAAUAUUUUGCCGAACUUUACCAAAAAAGUUACCGCACGAUUGGGAUGCCAAGUCGAAUGAGACCCGUCCAGAAGGGCACGUUGGGUCGGGAAAUUUCCAACUUGUGGAAAACCAAGGACGAUGUCGACGUGACCUUUUCCGUGGAGGGGAAAACCAUCACGGCGCACAAAUUGAUACUGAAAUCGAGAAGUGAUUAUUUUGCGAAAAUGUUUAGCAACGAGUGGACCGAAACUGCAGGAUCAUUUUACAGCAAGAUUGAGAUCAAGGACACAAAAUUCGUCACAUUCGAAGCAUUCCUCUUCUACCUGUACCACGACAAGGUCACUUUUUCGGAGUACAAGUACGAAAGCAUUUUUGACCUCAUGAAGUUAGCGGACUCUUAUUGCGCCACGAACAUUGCGCGAGACUGUGAGAAGAUUUUGAUGCGCGGGAUUAACACGGAAAAUGCUUUUUUCCUCGUUCGAAACGCUGCCUCCGCCAAUGCUCUGAAUUUGGAGGGGAAGGUGCUCAAAUUUAUUCUGGACAAUCGAGUCCGUCUGAACCUAACGAAGUCAUCACUUCCCGACCUGAUCGAGUGGAUGGGACAGGAAGCCCUCAACAAAAUGGCGUUAGCGAUGCUUCGGCGUUACUGAUAGUUGGAGAUUAUGAGAUUAUUAACAUAAUUUAAAAACGAUUAUGUUACAUGUUUUUAGGAGUUCAUAAUAAUAAAUCAAUAAUUGCCACAUUAAAGAUUUUGGAAAAA